AAAUUACUUACACGCAAAACAAACAGACAAUUCAAAGAAAAAAAAAUGGUAUUAAAUCUCCAAUCUGCAACUAUAAAUACACGACAAUUGUCCCUUGUACCUUCGAUUCAAUCAUCAAUUACUUUCUCACUUAACAUCUCAACACCAAUCAAGAACAAAUCUUAUCUCUCUUCUGCUUGCAGGUCUUCAUCGAAUCGAUCUAUUUCAUUGCUCUCAUUUAAGAAAACCAACGUGGAAUCACCUCUGAAAAAGGAAGACAAAGAAGAACAGCCGGAGACAAUGACGAUUAAGCCGACGGUUUGGAUUUCUGAUCGGAAACUAAUCGUGAAAGAUCGGACGAUCUUGACCGGACUACCGGACAAUAUAAUAGCAACAUCAGGGCCGGUGGACGGAGUGUUUCUCGGAGCUGUAUUUGAACAAGAAAACAGCCGUCACGUAGUACCGUUAGGUACUUUACGAGACGUCCGGUUCAUGGCAUGUUUCCGGUUCAAACUAUUUUGGAUGGCGCAAAAAAUGGGAGAUCACGGCAAGGAUAUUCCGUUAGAAACUCAGUUUUUAAUGGUGGAGACUAAGAAUGGGUCCCAUCUUGAAUCAGACGGUGGAAAUGAAGAGAAUCAGAUUAUCUAUACGGUUUUCCUACCUCUGAUUGAAGGUUCAUUUAGAGCUUGUUUGCAGGGAAAUAUUGACGAUGAGCUUGAGCUCUGUUUGGAGAGUGGUGACGUGGAUACUAAAGCGUCGUCGUUUAGUCACUCUCUUUUUAUUCACGCCGGUACUGAUCCGUUUAGUACUAUAACAGAAGCUGUUAGAGCUGUUAAGUUGCACUCGAAGACGUUCCGUCAACGGCAUGAGAAACAAUUGCCUGCAAUAGUUAAUUAUUUUGGAUGGUGCACCUGGGAUGCUUUUUACCAAGAAGUAACACAAGAAGGUGUAGAAUCUGGGUUAAAGAGUUUAUCCGACGGUGGGACUCCUCCAAGAUUUGUGAUCAUCGAUGAUGGAUGGCAAUCAGUCGGUGGAGAUUCACCAAAAGACGAAAGCAAAUCGCAGCCGUUGCUUAGGCUGACUGUAAUAAAAGAAAACGAAAAGUUUCAGAAGAAAGACGAUCCAACGGUGGGGAUAAAGAACAUAGUAAACAUAGCAAAAGAUAAAUACGGGUUAAAAUACGUAUACGUAUGGCAUGCAAUCACAGGAUACUGGGGUGGGGUCCAUCCAGGGGUUAAGGGGAUGAAGGAAUAUGGUUCGUUGAUGAAAUAUCCGACGGUGUCAAAAGGGGUGAUGAAGAAUGAACCAACAUGGAAAAGUGAUCCGCUGGCUGUGCAGGGAUUAGGUUUGAUGAAUCCUAGAAAAGUUUAUAAAUUCUAUAAUGAGUUGCAUAGUUAUCUAGCGUCUGCGGGUAUAGAUGGAGUUAAGGUGGACGUGCAGUGUAUAUUGGAAACUUUGGGCGGUGGCUUAGGAGGAAGGGUAGAAUUGACUAAGCAAUAUCAUGAAGCUCUUGAUUCUUCUGUUGCUAGGAAUUUCCCUGAUAAUGGGUGCAUUGCUUGCAUGAGUCAUAAUACUGAUGCAUUAUACUGUUCGAAACAGACGGCUGUAGUGAGAGCAUCGGAUGAUUUCUUCCCAAAGGACCCCGUGUCGCACACAAUCCAUAUAGCAGCUGUGGCAUACAAUAGUGUGUUUCUAGGAGAAUUUAUGCAAGCAGAUUGGGACAUGUUCCAUUCACUCCAUCCUGCGGCUGAAUAUCAUGCUUCAGCUAGAGCUAUUAGCGGUGGUCCGAUCUAUGUCAGUGAUGAGCCUGGGAAGCAUGAUUUUAAUGUGCUGAAGAAGCUUGUUUUGCCUGAUGGGUCUGUGCUUCGUACCCGUUUGCCUGGCCGCCCAACCCGUGACUGUUUGUUCUCUGAUCCAACUCGCGACGGUGAUAGCUUGUUGAAGAUAUGGAAUAUGAACAAAUACACAGGCGUCUUAGGAGUUUACAAUUGUCAAGGAGCAGCUUGGAACAAUGUUGAAAGAAAGAACACAUUCCACGAAAUAAAAUCUGAGGCAUUAACAGGUGCCAUCAAGGGUUGCGAUGUCGAUCUCAUUGCUGAAGCAACUACCGAAUCUAACUGGAAUGGCGACUCCGCUGUUUACUGUCAUCGGACUACUGAGCUUAUUACUCUCCCUUACAAUGCAUCCCUACCAGUGUCCCUCAAAGUCCUUGAGCAUGACAUAUUCACAGUAACACCCAUUAAGGUGUUAGCACCUGGGUUCAGCUUUGCACCCUUGGGGCUCAUUGCCAUGUAUAAUGCUGGUGGUGCCAUCGAAGGGCUUAAGUAUGAAGUGAAAGAAGGUGCGCAAUUGUCGGAGAUAGACGAGGGUUACAAGGGUGAAACAAGCGUAGUGUGCAAUGAGAGAGUGGAUAAUUUGAGUAAUGAAUUAGUUGGGAAAGUAUAUAUGGAGGUUAGAGGGUGUGGCAAAUUUGGUGCUUACUCAUCGACUAAGCCAAUGAAGUGCAUUGUCGAUCACAAUGAUGUUGAUUUCGAGUAUGAUUCUUCUUCUGGUAUGGUUACGUUUAGCUUGGAUAACUUGCCUGAGGAAGGUAAACUUCAUGUUGUUGAGGUUGAUGUAUAGAUAAUAACAUUUGUUAGGUUAGACUGAAAAAGCUGGAGUUGGGUAUUAGUUUGGGAGAAUUGUAGUUUUUUCCUCCCUUUGGAUUGCUUUGCCUGUAAUGUUAUCUGCUAUUUUAAGGGGAAGAUCCAAUAAAGUUAUAUCUAGACUUGUAGUU